GGGCCGCCGCAGCCGCGGCAGGACGGGGAGGCGGGCCAUGGCAUCCUGCGUGGGGACCCGGACCCUGAGCAAGGAUGAUGUGAACUACAAAAUGCAUUUCCGGAUGAUCAACGAGCAGCAAGUGGAGGACAUCACCAUCGACUUCUUCUACCGACCGCAUACCAUCACCCUGCUCAGCUUUACCAUCGUCAGCCUCAUGUACUUUGCCUUCACCAGGGAUGACUCCGUUCCGGAAGACAACAUCUGGAGAGGCAUCCUCUCUGUUAUUUUCUUCUUUCUUAUCAUCAGCGUAUUAGCUUUCCCCAAUGGUCCCUUUACUCGACCUCAUCCAGCCUUAUGGCGAAUGGUUUUUGGACUCAGUGUGCUCUACUUCCUGUUCCUGGUGUUCCUGCUCUUCCUGAAUUUCGAGCAGGUUAAAUCCCUUAUGUAUUGGCUAGAUCCAAAUCUUCGAUACGCCACAAGGGAAGCCGAUGUCAUGGAGUAUGCUGUGAACUGCCAUGUAAUCACCUGGGAGAGGAUCAUCAGCCAUUUCGAUAUAUUUGCAUUUGGACAUUUCUGGGGCUGGGCCAUGAAGGCGUUGCUGAUCCGUAGUUAUGGCCUCUGCUGGACAAUCAGUAUUACCUGGGAACUGACCGAGCUUUUCUUCAUGCACCUUCUGCCCAAUUUCGCUGAGUGUUGGUGGGACCAAGUCAUCCUGGACAUCCUGUUGUGCAACGGAGGCGGCAUCUGGCUGGGCAUGGUCGUUUGCCGGUUCUUAGAGAUGCGGACUUACCACUGGGCGAGCUUCAAGGACAUUCACACCACCACUGGGAAAAUCAAAAGAGCCGUGCUGCAGUUCACUCCUGCCAGCUGGACCUACGUCAGGUGGUUCGACCCCAAGUCAUCUUUUCAGAGAGUGGCUGGGAUAUACCUUUUCAUGAUCAUCUGGCAGCUGACCGAAUUGAAUACCUUCUUCUUGAAGCAUAUCUUUGUGUUCCAAGCCAGUCAUCCAUUAAGCUGGUGUAGAAUUCUCUUUAUUGGUGGCAUCACGGCUCCCACAGUGAGACAGUACUAUGCUUACCUCACUGACACACAGUGCAAGCGCGUAGGAACACAGUGCUGGGUGUUCGGGGUCAUUGGUUUCCUGGAAGCUAUUGUUUGCAUAAAAUUUGGACAAGAUCUCUUCUCUAAGACCCAAAUACUCUAUGUUGUGCUUUGGCUUCUUUGCGUGGCUUUCACCACCUUCCUGUGUCUGUACGGCAUGGUUUGGUAUGCAGAACAUUAUGGUCACCGAGAAAAGACCUAUUCAGAGUGUGAAGAUGGCACCUACAGUCCAGAUAUCUCCUGGCAUCACGGGAAAGGGACAAAAGGUUCUGAAGACAGCCCACCCAAGCAUUCAGGCAACAACGAAAGUCAUUCUUCCAGAAGAAGGAAUCGACAUUCCAAGUCAAAAGUCACCAACGGCGUUGGAAAGAAAUGAAAGACGCUGGUCAAUCAGAGAUGUUCCAGAGAGUGCCUAGAACUGAGGGGGGAAGGAAACUCUUUUGGACCUCCCUGUUAGGAGAUCAAAACGUACAGCGCAAACAGGAAGAGGACAGGGAAGUGUGGGGGGGUCAUCAUUUGCGAGUGUAAGUCAUGUUCCCCGCAGACCUGGCAUCAUCAGGCAGAUCAUUGCCUGGGGUCCUUCGCCAAUUGGGGUCUCAACUAACUUCAGCACUUGGCACGUGGUCACCGGUAGCAGUACAUUGCAUUGGAAGGAAAAGAUGGCUUUUACUCAGAGUUGCCGUGAGCAGCUCUGCGCUUGCGUGUAUUGUGGAUGUGGUGUGGACAUCUUCAGACAAGCACCAGCCGGGCGGUUCGUGCACUGGUCAGCCGGCCUUUCCGUUUGUACGAAUCUAUCUUUCCAUCUGAUUGAUUUGUUUUAGGCUACUUUUCUAUAUUUCGUUGUUUGUUUUUAAGUCCAGAUACUUAACAGCCUUCGGAAGCCAUGGCUGGAAUUGAAAUUGAGAGAGAGUUUUCCUUCCUUCUAGAGAAAAAGAGAGAAGUGAGCAUUUGCAUUCUCAUUGAGCAACCUCAGCCCCCUCUUUGAGACCUUCAACCAUGUGGCGGAUGUCCAGCCAUCUGAGAAGUUAGAUGCCUGCCUAGAAACCUGGGCUUCAGAUCGGAAUCUUUCCUGUUCCCUCCCAAAGGGCAUUUGUCCAGACAUAUCCACAGUGCACAAAAGCGAGCCUGUCGGAGAGGCAGUUUACACCCCGGCUUCUCCCCGAGCCAGGUGCCUUUUACAUUUGCUUUGUUUUCCUUCCAUGGUGUGUGGCUGACAUUGUCUUUUAGUCCCACGUGAGGUGCUGGUGAGUAUUACCUUUUAUCCGUGCCAUGCGUACAACAUUACCCCAUAGGUCACCACCUCUGAUGGAUCCCUGAUUUAAAUAAAACCAUUCACAUUAAAGCCUGUCAAA